AUGGCAAAUCCACAAGAAGUUGACCCGCCCGACUGGAGGGGACCAGAUGACCCAGACUGUCCAUACAACUGGCCGUUGUGGAAGCGCAUCUACAGCACCAGUAUUCCAGCUUUUCUUUGUGUUAACGUGUCAUUCGCCUCUUCCGUCUACACCUCUGGCGCCAACGAUGUGUCGGAAAAGUUUGGAGUGUCACAUACUGCGUCUCUUCUCGGCCUUUCCCUCUUCCUCUGGGCCCUCGGUCUUGGUGCCAUCAUAGCCGCACCCGUGAGUGAAUACUAUGGCCGCAGGAUCGUCUAUCUCAGCACCGUCCCAGUCUUUGGACUAUUCAUCCUGGGCUCGGGACUGGCACAGAACUUCACGACACUGAUUGCGUGUCGCUUCUUCGCCGGCUUCUUUGGUAGUGCCGUUGUUUCCGUCGGUGGCGGGACGAACGCCGAUCUAUGGCCACCCGCACUGGCGGGGUUCGUCUAUCCUUUCUACUUUGUAUCUCCAUUCCUCGGACCGGCUUUUGGGCCUGUUAUCGGCGGCUUUCUGGCUGAGGAGAAGGACUUUCGGUGGCUUGAAUGGGUCGUCCUCUUCAUGGUGGCCUUCAACUAUAUCUAUGCCCUUCCACAAUUCGAGACAUACAAGAAGACUAUCCUCCAGAAACGUAUGCGUGCUGAGAAGCAGUCCGAUGCGCCUCAAGCUCAUUCGCCAAAGGUCGCCCUCCCUUCGAGUGCAAUCAUCCAACGUAUCGUCCUCAAACCUUUCAAGAUGCUCUUUGUCGAGUCCAUCGUGCUCUUCAUGACCAUCUAUAUGGCAUUCAACUUCGCUGUCUUUUACAGCUUUUUUGCAGCCUUUCCCUACGUUUUUGGGGGCCACUACGGCUUCACCCCAGGGCAGCAAGGUCUCACUUUCAUCUCUAUCGCGCUAGGCUGCGUCAUUGGCUUCUUAGCUGUGGUCUACAUCGACCGCAAGACCUACCCUGCGCUGGAGGCGAAAUAUGGAGUCGGCGCGGUGCCCCCAGAGUAUCGCCUCUACGGUGCUAUGGUCGGCUGCGCGCUCAAUCCGGCCAGCCUGUUCUGGUUCGGGUGGACAGCCGACAAGGGUGUCUACUGGCUCAGUCCAGUCAUUGCGUCUGUGCCGUUUGCCGUGGGCAACAUUAUGGUCUAUAGCAGCGGCGCGCUGUACAUCAUGAACUCCUAUGGUUCGUUGCAUGGCGCGAGCGCUCUCAGUGCUAACAGCCUUCUGAGGUAUGCGGGCGGAGGUGCGUUUCCGCUGUUCACGGUGCAAAUGUUCUCCUCCAUGGGGAUCGGGUGGGCGAGCAGUCUGUUAGGCUUUGUCUCGGUAGUUUUGGUGCCAGUACCAUGGGUGCUAUACAAGUACGGGAGCAGAAUUAGGGCUCAUAGUCAGUAUAUCACGAUUAAGGAGCCAACGUCUGGCAACCAGACUUCGUUGGAGGAGAUGACAAGCGAAGACACAGAGAGUUGA